AUGGCCAUGCUGCUGGACGGCGGGCCCCAGUUCCCCACCUUGGGGGUCGGGGGCUUCGCGGCCUCUCGGCCCCACCCGCACGACGUGGCCCUGGGGCUCAACCACCCUCCGUUCGCCGAGCCUUCCUUCAAACUCAACCCCGCCGCCCACGAGCUGGCCUCGGGGCAGGGAUCCGCCUUCACGCCGCAAGCUUCGGGCUUCGCGCACCACCACCACCCCACGACCCAUCAUCCGCACCCCCAUCACCCGCACCACCACCACCACCACAACCCCCAUCACCCGCCGCCCCCUCACGCCGCCGCCGGCCAGGUGCCUUCUCCUUACGUGGCCGCCUUCAAUUCCACGCGGGACUUUCUCUUCCGCAACCGCGGGGGCUGCGCCCUGGCCGAAGCGCCCUCGAGCGGAGGCGGCGGCGGCGGAGGGCCCAGCGGGACCCCCGGCGGCUCCCCGGCUCAGCACGGCCUUUUCGGCAGCAACCCGCCGGGCGGACUCCACGCGCCGGGCGGCUUGGCGGACGGCGCGGGGGGCUACUUGCUUUUCCCCGGCUUGCACGAGCAGAACGUGGCCGGGCUGCCUUCCCCGUCGACUCCCGUGGAGAGCGGCCAGCUGCAUCUGGGUUUGCGCGGAGAAUUUUUCGGCCGGCCGGACUCCUACCGGGGGGUCUCCAGCCCCAGAGCGGACGCUUACGGGGCGGCGCCGCCCUUCCCCAACUACGGGCCGGUGAACGUGGCGGGACCCCAUCAUCACCACCACCACCAUCACCCCCACGCGGGACCGGGCGCUUUCUUCCGCUACAUGCGGCAACCGGUGAAGCAAGAACUGGCUUGCAAGUGGUUGGAAGAGCCGCCGCCGCCGCAGCCGGCGGGGCGGUCCAAGAAGCCUUGCGACCGGCAGUUCAGCACCAUGCACGAACUGGUCACCCACGUCACGCUGGAGCACGUCGGGGGUCCCGAGCAGAACAGCCACGUGUGUUUGUGGGACGAGUGCGCCCGCCAAGGCAAAUCCUUCAAGGCCAAAUACAAACUGGUCAACCACAUCCGCGUCCACACGGGCGAGAAACCCUUUCCCUGCCCUUUCCCGGGAUGCGGGAAGAUUUUCGCCCGGUCCGAGAACCUCAAAAUCCAUAAAAGGACCCACACAGGAGAGAAACCCUUCAAGUGCGAAUUUGAAGGCUGCGACCGGCGUUUUGCGAACAGCAGCGACCGAAAGAAACACAUGCACGUCCAUACCUCGGACAAGCCUUACGUGUGCAAAGUUUGCGAUAAAUCUUACACUCACCCCAGUUCCUUAAGGAAACAUAUGAAGGUCCACGAAACGCAGAGCUCCGAAUCGUCCCCUGCAGCCAGUUCUGGCUAUGAAUCCUCCACGCCCCCAGCCCUCGUUGCUGACCCCACUAAGGACUCCGGGAAAGCUGCCCCUUCUUCUUCUUCCUCCUCCACUGUUCAGACGGCCAACAACCCCAACCCAGGUCUGCCCCCCAACUUCAAUGAAUGGUAUGUCUGA